AUGGCAUAUUAUGCUCUGAAGGUGCAUGAUUAUUUAUUCAGUGUAGCCAGGUCAGGAGCUCCAUUAGAGACAUCGGAGCAGUCUCCGAGAGACAGCAUCCCGGAUCCCACCCAGCCCUGGUUGAGGGCCGAUGCAUUGGCGGCUUCAUAUUAUCUCUCGGCGACCCAAGACGAGGAAAUCCAAGCCAAUGAGACUUUCAAUACGCUGAAGAGGUCACUGGAAGAUGAGGAUAAUGAGGAAGAAACCCCUCCUUCGAUUUGUGCCGAUGUACAGUCCCCACGUUUAGAUCGCAAUCGACAAACGAGCAGCCAGACGUAUCAGAGGGAAACCGCCUCUCGAACCAGAAUACGUAAAGAGUUGAUCGAACAGCUCGCGCAGCAAUCGAAUCGUCCCAGGAAACGCUAUAGAAGUCACCACGACAACAUUGGGAGCAAUGUUUCCGGCGUUCCAGGCCAGGGUUAUCGUCAGCCUGCUGAAGACGAAAGCGCAGACAACGAGCAUCCUAUCUUAAUGCUGAAAGCAGAAUCGUUGUCCCUUCACAGAGAACUCAAGCAACAUUGUAUCAACACCCAGUUUGAUGCCUAUUUCGCCUUGGGUUGUCAGGAUAAGGUCGAGUGGCAGGAGGGCAAAAUUUUCAUCGGUGGGCGAACCCGUCGUGCGGGCCGUAUCGCAGGUGAGACAGAUCCCAUGGCAGAUAAUUGCACAGCUCCACUGAGCCAUAAAGAUAUCUGUCUGUCUAUCAAAACCUGUCACACAGACUCGACCUCUCUUCACAUUUUGCUUGAGGACGACUCGUUACGAGAAUUGCGCAUGGGAAGCAAGAUGCACAUAGACGCCCCGGCAGCAAUUUCUCUCAAGUCGAUAUUUGACUUCCAGCAGGAAAUUGGCGAAUAUUCUGUAUUUUCAAGACGCGGGAGGCUUACGCUGUCUCUGUUGCUAGCGGCGAUGAUACAACCGCUUCUCGAGACUCCCUGGCUUCUGUCAGAUUUUAGUUACCAUGAUGUUUAUUUUCUUAAGGAACUUGGAGCCUUGCCGGAUCUCACAAACCCCUUCAUUUUCACACGUUUGGAUACCCUCGCCAAACAAACUAAUUCCCAUAAUUCUCACCAAAAUAUAUUGCACCCUCACCCGACUGUCUUGGCGUUGGGGAUUCUCCUUCUUGAAAUAUACCGAUGCAGGCCUCUUACCCGUGAGGAUCAUGGUCCCAAUCAGGAGAGAUCUCUAAACCGAGAGCAGUGCAUGGCGCUUGAAAUUUUGCAAAAAGAGAUAUCCAAUGAAGAAGGGGACGACUACUGCGAAGCAUUGUCGGCUUGUCUAAACGCUCGUUAUUUCCCUCCUGGGCAACACUUUGCCUUCGACUCGGCAAUAAUACAAACGAAAUUUUGUGAAAAUGUGAUUUCGCGUUUACUGAAAUGUUCCAAUAAAUGGAUUAAAGAUAUGGGUCAUCUCCAAAUCCUCAACCAAGAUCACGCAGAGAAAAAGAAUUUAUGGAGUAUUUACGCCCAAGAUAGGCAUACUCAGCUAGGCAAAAAUACUUUCCAGGCAUCGGUUGUAGAGACCAAAAGAGCAGUAUCUACUCACCCGCCUAUCGCUAAUUCUCUAGCAGAAAACUCAACUGGCUUGACUGCAGCUCAAAUUGGGAAUACAUAUCAAAGGCAAAUCGAAGAAACUGCAACGGCCUAUUGUACCCGCACCUCUUGUGUUGUUCAAGCACCCGUUCCCCAGGGUAGCCUGUUUGAUGUCCAGGAUAAUAUUCUCCAAUAUUCAAAGACUAGUGCCGGGUCAUCUAUGUGGCUGAAAAAACUGGAUACGCUCAUCCACAGUUAUGUCAACGCAUCCCUCCCCCCUUGCUCCCGCGCUCCAAUACGCAUUGCGAUCCUUGACACCGGCUAUACUCCGAAUCUUGUUACUGACGAAAUCGGCCGUCCUGAUCCACGGAUAAGGGCAACACGGAAUUUCGUACUUGGGACAGAUGGUCCAUCGUUGAUGCAAGACAAGAUUGGCCAUGGAACUCAUACAUUGGGCUUGCUCCUUAGGACCGCUAUCUGCGCUGAUAUAUUUGUGGGAAAAAUUGCCGAUGAUGACAACUCAACGAUCAACCGCGAAGGGUAUAAGCCAAUUACUGAGGCAAUUCGAUACGCUGCGGCGGAGUGGAAAGUGGACAUUAUCACGAUGUCAUUUGGUAUUCGAGAGAAUGACGCCGAUAUGGAAAAUGCCAUUUCGGAAGCAGCAAAGAAAGACAUAUUAUUGUUUGCAGCUGCUUCUAACGAUGGUUUAUUCCACAAGCGGACAUUCCCCGCCGCGAAUUACAAGGAGGUGUUCGGUAUUCACUCAAUGGACAGCAAUGGAGUCUCGUCUAAAUUCAACCCGAAGCCAUACAGAACAGCGUUCAAUUUGACUUCUCUUGGCGAAGACGUAGUUUCCGAUUGGCCCUCUGGGGUUGCUAGAGCUCGGUCAGGGAGUUCCAUCGCCACCCCAAUUAUUGCCGGGUUUGUUGCAAGUGUGCUCGCAUUUGUGCAACAGCAGGAGACCAGCCUAUUGGGAAAACCUUCAAUAUUAUCCUGGUUAAAAAGGCCCCAUGGUAUGGAGGAGCUCCUGAAAGAAUUGGUUGUGCGAAAAGAUAACUACGACAUGCUUUCCCCAUGGAAAUUUUUCUGCCAUCCCGUUAACAAGGAAUCGGUUUAUGAGAAAAUAAGGCAGCUAAAAGAAAACAUUUAUAAUAUAAGAUAG